AUGCAAGUGUUUUGGAUCCCUAGGGAGCUAAAUGACGAGGCAGAUGACGCUUCCAGAAUCAUAGACCCGAAUGGAUGGUCAAUCCUUGACUCAGUCUUUGACAAACUUAACGAACAUGGUUCUGCGAGGGCUCCUCGGCCGUCGACGUCUUCAACGAGUCAGCGUCCAAAUUCUGGUGUGAACAUUAUUGCUGAGAUGGACGAGACUUCUCCAAAUACAGCGCAAAGGCCCGAAAACUGUGCCAGGCAGGCUCACAGCCAUCUCGACUCAACAACUUCAAUACAGUCCAUCGCCCAAUCCGACCACUUUUCGCUCGACGCCGAUCUGAGAAUGGUUCACCUUUUGUUCGGUCUC